AGAAAAUGUAUAGGAUCGUGUAUUCUUGACCAACGGUUAGAUAAUAUUGUGGUUUAUAAGGGUUUGUUGAUGACAUCAUCAAUGGUCCCUAGUUACUCACACGUCACUGCCUUGUUUCUAAGUUAUUUAGCCUCAAAGUUAGAACUGGACUGUGAUGGCUUCAUUACACUCUUCGUAUUAUUACAAGAGAUGCAGGGUGUGAUCCAGAAGCUAACCAUUUUUAUGACUCAUUGAAAUUUGAAAAUUGUGAAGGAAUAGACAAGUUACAAUUUUACCGUUUUGAUGGAAUAAUCGCUUUUCCUUUUUUUCGCGCACAUGUGGAAGGAAAAUGAAAAAUUGACAGGCAAUAAAACUUUUCUAGCUGUAGCAUCUUUUUACUGAUAUAUAUAUGCCCCAUGCUAAUUUUUAAUAGAACAUUUUCUAAUUGUGGUAACCAUCAUGGAUUUUAGAGAAGUAAGGAGUAAUUUGAAUUAUGGACCAUGUUUUCAAUAGCAAAGGUUAAAAUAUUUUAAAGAUAAUUUAUGAUGAUAUAAAUAUAUAUACCAAUGAAGGUCUCAACAUGCUGAUGUCAUCUGCGAGGAUACCUCAAAAAAAUAAUAGACAUAGCCACACGAUCUGAGCUGAGUGUUAAAAAAAUUAAAAAUGGUAGCAUGUACUGUAAACAAACAUGAUAGAGCACUUUAAGAAUAAAAUCAAUCUCAUAGCUUUAUUUAUAUAAUUAACAGUCACACUGAGAACAAUGUAUUGCAUUAUUAAUAUAUAACUUUGCGUAUGGAUUAUAUUUAUAAUAAACAAAGUUUAAUAAAUAAAUUUUUGCUUCAAAGUUUUGAAAUACUUUGUUUGCAGUUUGUAUAGCAUCUUUAAGUUAGUGAAAUAUACUGAAAUCUCCAAAUAAACGCUCCCAUCUUUUAAACGCCUCCCUCUAAUAAACGCCCCCCUUAAAAUCCGAAAUAUUUUAUAAACGCCCCCUCUUUUAAACACCCCCUCUAUUAAAUGCCCCCCUCGAGAGGGGCGUUUAAUAGAAGCAAUUUUAAUAAACCCCUUAAUAAAUCCCUACUGGCAAACGGGUCAACCCCUGUUAUUUAAUAGCUUAUAGAUGGUACAAGAGAAGGAAGAGAAACCAAUUAAUGAUGAGAAUUUUUUUUUAAGAAAUUACAGGAAGCUUCCGGUAUAAAGACUUUUUUGGUGAAUAAGUUCCAAGGUUAAGUAUCCUUCGUUGUAUAAAAUCCGUUUUGAUUUGGUGAAACAAUCAAAUUUACCAGGAACGAACCAAUUUUGCGCUUAUGUUUACUCAUCACUGUCACAUUUAUAAAGUUGUUUGGGUCAGCGUUCAUAAAAUGAUGAAGGACACUUGAUAAUUCUAUUGGGGCAUGCCAAUCCAGUUCUGUUUCCACAUCCUUUUUUAAAAAAUUCCAAUUGCAAACUUAUCAUUUUCCAAGGCUUCAUCUCUACUUUCCGGUUUAGCAAUCAGUUUUUCAUUUAAAACGGGAGUUGGCUUUGUAAACAUGAAGCCUUUGUAUUAAACUUCUGUAUUUUACCCUGUGAAGAAGCUGGUAUUUACCAAAAGACUCUACUCUAGCCAUGUUAAAAUCAAAGUCUUCACGUUUACUGGUAAAUAAAAAGUUCAAUGAUUUAUUUUCAAAACAUUCGAAUCUAAAACAUGUUCGAAUGUUGGAAACAUUAAACCCGUUAAACAUUCGAAACUUUCUUUCUCAAAGAUGGCUUCACAAGAAACAUCCCACAAGGGACAGAAGCGUAAUACAUAUUCUAUGGAAUUUAAAAAACAAGUUAUAACGUUUGCAGAAAUAAAUUCAAACAAGUGCUGCAUUGAAAUUCAAGAUUGAGGUAAAAAGAGUACGAGAAUGGCGUCAAAACAAGGAAAAAUUGUAGUUAUGAAAGACAAACGUCGGAGGAUCGUGGGUGGUGGUAGAAAGUUAACUGACCAACAACAGGAGGAUGAUAUUCUAAAAUGGAUACUAGAACAGCGUGGUAAUAUGCUUCGUGUUCCUCGUAAACUCAAAGUCUAUGUUUGACGGGACAUGUGGAGAAGAUAAUGAAUUGAAAGAUUCAUUUAUUGCAAGUCGUGGAAGGUUUCAGAAAUUUAUGAAAAGGAAUCAUCUCUCGUGCAGACGGCGAACAACAAUGGCCCAAAAAGACCCAGUGCAACUUAUCAAUAAGUUGGUAGCGUUCGUCAUCCAUAUCCGUCGAUUGAAUAUGAAAGGUGAAUUUAACCCUUCCAAUAUCAUACCCAUGGAUGAAACACCAGUUUGGGCAGAUAUGGUAAGCAGUACUACAGUCAACAAAACUGGUCAAAAAGAUGUUAUGCUCAAAACAACUGGUCAUGAAAAGGUUUGCGUUACUGUCUGCCUAGCUGCCAAAGGAGACGGUAUUAAAUUGAAACCAUAUAUUGUUUUUUCCGGAGCUAAACGAGAGUCAGCUGCAUUAAAUGAAGAGUUCAAAACAAAAUGUAUCGUUGCAUCAUCAGGCAAUGGUUGGAUUUUCAAGGAACUUACGCUACUAAGUUAUAAAAGUGGGAAAACUGAUGUUAGAUUUGCCCGCUACAAAUGCUUCUAGCGAACGAUGUGUUUCAGCUUUGAACCGCAUAAAAUCUUAUCUUUGAGCUUCAACCACUGAUACACAGAUAAUUAAUCUGAUGGUAUUACAUAUUCACAAAUCAUACACUGAUAAUAUGAAGUAGCAAACAAAUUUCUUAAAAGGAGACAAAGUCGUUCAGGAAUAUUCGGAUCCUUCCCAUAGAUCAUCAUUAUAAAAAUCACUGAAUGUUUUAAGGGGGCUGGCAGCACAUUUAAAAAGUCCAGAUGCGAUGUAAAUUUUCUAAAAAGUGCCGGCACCCUUAAAAUUUCUAGAGUUCUUAUUAUUUUUUCAUUUUGCAGUAGUGUAAUGUAAAUAUGUAUGUAUUUCUAUCUUUUGGUUUGUGAUGGAAAUUUUUAUCUAAAUUUUGAUGCCAAUGAAACAAUUUUUCUAGCUUUUCCAAAUUACUAAAAUAUCGAAAUAUUCAUCGCGAUUUUUAACAUUGAACCAUGAGAUUGUUGACUUCUGAAAGGGGACUUUCCGCCAAUCUAGAGAUGUAAAAUUUAAAAAUUUACUACUCGGGCGCUUCGGGUAGCCACUAUAUAAAGCUAAAUUCAUAUACAGUAGACGUCCGUUAAUUCGAAUGCUGCUUAAUUUGAAUUUUCCGUUAUUUCGAACAAAUUGCCAAGUCCCUUGAGUUUGGUUUAAUAAAGUUCAAUUUAUCAAUUAAAUUAGCAUUUCCAAUAAAAUGAAGUUUACAAGGAAUUUGGAGGCCUUGCCCAUCGCCAAGCAAACAACGUUAAAAGAUUUUUAUACAAAGUUGUAAUAAUAAAGUUAUAUUGGCAUAAAACCUUUAAACGUUUAUUAAAAUUCCGAUAAUCCGUGUUCGAAUUAACGGACGUCUUCUGUAUGUUAGUUUUCUAUAUAGUCCCCCCCCAAUAUUAAAAUUGUGGUUACAGCACUGAAUAGGGUAAAAUAUAUUGAAAUAUUAGAUUAGUAGGUUAUAAUUAACUUGUUAAUUC